AUGUAUAAAGCACCAACAAAAAAACAAUUACCAAAGAAUAAAUUUGGAUUUAAGAGACCUGAAGAACAACCAUCUACAGUAGCAGAGGCAGAACAACUGAAAAAACAAGAUAGUGCACUCAACAUUAUAGUUCAAUUCAAGAGCAAAGAUAAUGAAAAUGAAACAACAGGUCCACCAAUCAAUAUUUCACAGAAUGUUUCAACUGAACAAUUAGAACUUUUAAUUAAUAAUCUUUUAAAUAAUGAAGAACAAUUACCAUAUUCAUUCUUUGUUGGUGAGAGUGAAGUUGUUUCAAAUUUGAAGAAUCAUUUGGAAGGACAAUCGGAAGAGACAACAAUCAAUAUCUAUUAUCAACCACAGGCAGUGUUUAGAGUUACUCCAGUCACUCGUUGUAGUUCUUCGUUGGAAGGACAUACUGAGGCGGUGUUGCAUAGUGCUUUCAGUCCGGAUGGAACCGGUCUAGCAUCGGUGAGUGGUGACACCACUCUCAGACUGUGGGAUCUCAACACUCAGACACCGUCGUUCACCUGUAAAGGACAUACCAACUGGGUUCUCCAAGUAGCUUGGUCACCCGAUGGCAAGAAGAUCGCUACCGGUGGCAUGGAAGGUGACAUUCGCAUUUGGAAUCCACUCACCGGCAAGCAAGUUGGAAGCACCCUGAAAGGACACACCAAAUUCAUUACUGGACUGGCAUGGGAGCCGUUCCACUUGAAUCCGAAAUGCGUGCGUCUUGCAUCGUCCUCGAAGGACGCAACCGUAAAGAUUUGGGAUACCGAGUCGAAUCAUUGUUUGAUGACGCUCUCCGGUCACACCAUGUCCGUCACCUGUCUGAAGUGGAGUGGUGAAUCGAUGAUCUACACGGGUUCGCAAGAUCGUACCAUUCGUGUUUACAAUACAAAUGAGGGUAAAUUGAUUAGGGUUUUGGAGGGUCAUGCACAUUGGGUCAAUACACUGGCGCUCAACACCGACUACGUCUUGAGAACGGGCCCGUUCGAUCACACCGGAGAACACCAAGAGACACUGGAGAAAGCACAACAAAAGGCGUUGGAGCGUUACAACGAAGCGAAAGCAUCUGGUGCCAAGUAUGGCGGUGGCGAUAUUCUCAUCAGUGGCAGUGAUGACUUCACCGUGAUCAUGUGGAAUCCUUCGGUUUCAAAGACAGCAAUCUCCAGACUCACCGGACAUCAACAGCAAAUCAACUUGGUCAGUUUCUCACCGAACGGUCGUUAUUUCGCGAGUGCAUCUUUCGAUAAAUCGAUAAAGCUGUGGGAUGGUCAGACCGGUAAGUUCCUCGGUAAUUUCCGUGGACAUGUCGGUGCCGUCUACCAAGUGUGUUGGUCGAGUGACAGCAGAUUCCUAGUCAGUGGCAGUAAAGACAGUACUCUCAAGAUUUGGGAUAUCAAAACAAAGAAAAUGACACUGGAAUUGCCAGGUCACGCCGAUGAAGUUUAUACCGUAGAUUGGAGUCCAAACGGUGAGAAUGUAGUUUCAGGUUCAAAAGAUAGAUUAUUGAAAAUAUGGAGAAAUUAA